AUUCAAAUGGCCAAGGGGCCAAUGGGAGCGCGGGAGCCUCCUGGGGGCGUGCCCGGGCCUGGUCUCGCAGAUCGCAGGUCAGCUAGCUGGCAGCGCCGUGUCUUUCCCAGAGGCUCACUUUUCCUCGGAGCUGGCGUAGAUUGAUUUUGGAAAAUGCCAAGUAGGAAAUUUGCUGAUGGUGAAGUGGUGAGAGGUCGAUGGCCGGGAAGUACCCUGUAUUAUGAAGUGGAAAUUUUGAGCUAUGAUGGCAAAUCCCAGCAAUACACUGUAAAAUACAAAGACGGAACUGAACUGGAGCUGAAAGAGAAUGAUAUCAAGCCUUUAGCAUCCUUCAAGCAGAGGAAGAGCAACUCAGCGUCCAGUUCUCCUUCCAGACGCCGAGGGAGCCGUGGGAGCCGCAGCAGCAGGUCUCGGUCUCGGUCACGGUCACGCUCCCAGUCCCCUGGUCGGGCUCUUAAAGGGUCCCGGAGAUCUACUUCAGCUUCCCAUCAGGCCGAUGCAAAGGAAAUGAGGAGGGAGAUUCUGGAAGUUAAACUGACUCCACUCGUAUUGCCGUUUGGGAACAGCAUCAGCACAUACAAUGGAGGGCCAGAGCCCGAGCCGAGGGCGGGGAAGGACACGCCGCAGAGGGCCGCGCAGGCACCAGGUGAAGGGAAGAGCGCACCUCACAGAGAACCUCAGGAAAGAUUCACCAUGUCCCAAGAAGGCAGUUAUGUGUCAACUCAGUAUAGCCUUCGUCCCAGAAGAGAAGAGAUCAAGUACAACCAAGUCGAUUCUAAGGAAGAAAAGCCUGUUGCCAAAGAGCCUGAUUCUCUGAGAACGUUUCACAUGGCCACCCCUCAGAAGAGGGAGCUGGAGUUUGGGGGUGUCCCUGGUGCGCUGCUCAUCACACUGGGCCUGCCUGUCAUGGUCUUCCUGCUGCUGUCCCUGUGUCGGCAGGAGGACCCCAGCCUCCUGAGCUUCCCGCCGCCCUUGCCAGUGCUACGUGACCUCUGGGAGCCCCAGGCCGGUGGGCUCUACCUCCUCUGGUUUUUUGUUCAAGCUCUGCUCUCUGUGCUGCCAAUUGGAAAGGUAGUAGAAGGAUUGCCUCUUGUUGAUGGAAGAAGACUCAAGUAUAGAAUAAAUGGAUUCUAUGCUUUCAUCCUGACUUCGGCAGCCCUCAGCAUGGCUCACCUCUGGGGUCUAGAGCUUCAUUACCUGCAUGACCACUUCCUCCAGCUGGCCCUCGCAGCCACGGUGUUCACUGCUGUCCUGAGCGUCUACCUCUACGCACGCGCUUGGAAGGUGCACGGAGCUGAGCGGUCACCUGCCAGCUGUGGAAACGCUAUCUAUGAUUUCUUCAUUGGCCGAGAGUUGAAUCCGAGAAUUGGUUCUUUUGAUCUCAAAUACUUCUGUGAACUGCGCCCUGGGUUGAUUGGAUGGGUGGUGAUUAACCUGGCAAUGCUUCUGGCUGAAAUGAAGGUACAGAACCGGAAUGCUCCAUCCUUGGCAAUGGUUUUGGUUAACAGCUUCCAGCUGCUGUAUGUGGUGGAUGCUUUGUGGAAUGAGGAGGCGCUGCUGACAACCAUGGACAUCACCCACGAUGGGUUCGGGUUUAUGCUGGCCUUUGGGGAUCUGGUGUGGGUUCCCUUUACCUACAGCCUGCAGGCCUUUUACCUCGUCCACCAUCCCCACGAGCUGUCCUGGCCACUGGCUGCGCUAAUCAUCGCUCUGAAGCUUUGUGGAUAUAUAAUCUUCCGAUGUGCAAAUUCUCAGAAAAAUGCAUUCCGGAAAAAUCCCACUGACCCAAAGCUUGCUCAUUUGCAAACCAUUCACACUUCCACGGGAAAGAAUCUCCUGGUGUCUGGAUGGUGGGGCUUUGUCCGCCACCCCAAUUACCUGGGUGACCUCAUCAUGGCCCUGGCGUGGUCCUUGCCGUGUGGUUUUAAGCACGCCCUGCCGUACUUCUACGCGGUCUACUUUGCAGCGCUGCUGGUGCACCGGGAAGCGCGCGAUGAGCACCAGUGCCGCAGGAAGUACGGGCUGGCCUGGGAGCGCUAUUGCCAGCGAGUGCCGUAUCGCCUGCUGCCUGGUGUGUACUGACCACCCGCCUGUCCGCUGGCUGUGUGUCUGUCCUGCGUGUGCGGGAGCAGAGAGCCAAAUAGUAGGUGUUUAAUGGAGCCAUGGUUAUUUGUAACAGUGAGAGGAAAAACACAAGAAUCUUAGACUUUGCAUUUUAAUAGGAGAAUUUCAACCAUUACAGACCUAAAGACAGUUUUUCUUAUAAAUACACUGAAAAGAAUACUAUUAAUAUUGAUAGGUUUUGCUUCUUUUCAAAUUUUGAUUUUUCCUUUUGCUAGUCAGCUUUUAUCAAUGCAUUUAAAAUAGUGCACAUUUCUGUCCCAUUGCAGUAAGAGAAUAGAACUUGCAUUUGUUUUUCUUUAAAGCAUCUCCUAGCUAUGUGAAUUGAGAGGUGAGAUGGCCCCGUGUGAAGUACGGAGCAGAGCCACUGGCAGCAGACACUGCCCCGGGCGUCGGCACCGUCUGUGUCUUAGCUUCAGCUUCUAAACCUGUGUUGGAAAAUGUAAAUAGCUUACUUUUAUGUAAUAUAUAGUAAGUGCAGGUUUUUUUGUACAGUAUUUUCAAUGUGAGAUAAUUGUCAGAACUUAAUAGCUUUUUAACAAAACAUUUUUUGUAUUUUAAAUUAAGUUUUAUAAAGUAAUAUGUGUGAAUUAGAGAUGUUGAAGCAAUUAGAAUUCAUUUAAUAUACUGUUAAAACAUAGGAAAGGUAUUGUUCUUAACCCAAAGUUUGUGAUUUUGGCUUUGCUACCUCAACUGCAGGUUGUGUUUGCCUUUAUAAACUUACAAACAAAAAAUAUAUCUAUGUAAUAAAUAUAUAUUUUUGGAGGAACAUCACUAUUUAAACAUUUUUACAUAAUGAUUGAAAAUUUUGCCAUUUUAGGCUAAUAUUUUUAUAUUUUUUUACUUUUUAAAUUCGGUGUUUUUGCUACUGUUUAUCUCAUGCAGUCUAUUGUAUAUUUUAUGUGUCAUUUAUAAAAUUUUACUUCUGGUAAAAGAGUGCUAUCUAAAAACAAGGGGUUUAAAAUUGUUUAAUGUAUGUGCAUAGGGUAGCUUUAGCCGCUUAAUUAUGAUAAGCUGCUAUAGCCUUAUGCAUUACUGUAAUGGAACAGUAGAGCAGGCACUCAGUUUCUGUAUUCAAAACAAAAUUGUUCUCAGUAUUUGAAGCAUAGGGGAAUGCAGUGCAUAUGUCAUGUGUUACACAGGGGGAUGCAGUGCAUAUGUCAUGUGUUACACAGGGGGAUGCAGUGCAUGUAUCGCGUGUACACAGGCUGCACUACAGUUUAAAUAGUGGCCCUUUGGUAUAUGCAGUAUUCAUUCCGCAACUGGAUGUGUAUGUAACUUAGUGUCUAAAUGUGAUCAUGAAGUUAGUUUGUUAAUCUAGCAUUCUGCAUCCUAUAAUCUUUAAACAUUGUUUUGAUGAAACUGUCAGUAUUUUACUAGCGUUGAGGUAUGCAAGCAGUUUUUUCUUUGCUGUUUUUAAUGCUUUUCUCCUGGCACUGGAAAGUGGUAUGCAGUGUUUUCUGUGCUGGACCCACCUUGAAGGCUGGGGUGGGGUGGAAGGGAUUUCAGUUCUCUCCUUAGUAAUAAAGAAAGCUUGGUAUCAAGGGCUGCUUUUAAUUUUGCUUUUGAAACAUUUCAUAAGCUUUGCAAUGAAGUUUUAAGUUGCAAAUAAAAAUAUUGUUUUGGUCUC